GCCUCUCUUCCGUUGGUACGGCAAAACCUUAAACCCUGUGUGUGGACAUUGUUCCGAGUUUCCGAGCUUCGAGCCUGGAGACUUUAGUGACACGGUGCUGGUUAGGGAAUGCGACGAGACUGUACUGAGAAUUGAGAGUAGUAUGUGGAGGUGAUCACAUUUACACCAACUGGUGUGGUCAUGUUAGACGCUGGUGAGGAUCGAUGAUUCCGGCAGCGUGUUUACUUUCGUCGGAGCAGUUCGUUUUCGUCACUUGAGACCCUGGUUUCUCUUUUCAGAACAGAAAUUGGAGACCUCGUUGUAGGCCGCUGCGCGAGUUGCCAGCCAGGGCUUGAAUUCAACAGUCAGCCAGCCAGGCAAGACGGGGCGGGGCCAGGCGGGCGAGGUGAGGAGAGGAAAGCAGACGCCACGAGAUCGCAAGUAUUCUUAAGCACCUAGAGCAGACCGAAGAGACAGGGGAAGUGCACGAAAUAUAAUUGAGACCUAAUCUGCAAGCAUGUCGUCCCUUCGUAAUGCUGUCAAGCGGAAGACUCACAAGGAGCGUUCUCAGCCGUCUACGAGAUCGAAAUAUGGAUUACUCGAGAAGCACAAGGACUACGUGCUUCGUGCCAAAGACUUCCACAAGAAAGAGACAGAAAUAAAGAUUUUGAAGGAGAAGGCCUCCUUCAGAAAUCCAGAUGAAUUUUACUAUAAAAUGAUCAACUCACAAACUGUGAAUGGUGUACACCGGGACAAAAAAGGUGGGAAGGAGUAUACGCAGGAGGAGAUCAUGUUGAUGAAAACACAAGAUUUCAGAUAUGUCUUAAACAAAGCUCAGGCAGAGAGCAAGAAGGUGGAGCGGCUUCAAUCCGUCCUUCAUCAAACUGCGCAACCUGCUUCUAAUACCCAUGUCUAUUUCGCGGAAGACAGUGCUGAAGCUGUGGAACUAGCUCCUGGCGCAGUAGAGAAGCGCACUAAGCUUCCACCGAAGCGCAUAAGAAAAAAGCAAGAAUCGGCUUAUCGGGAAUUGGAAGAACGCAAGGAAAGAGCAGAGAAGUUGAAAAGUUUGACUCUCACGAUGACUAUGCAAAAGCAGAUCAUGGGAAAGGGUAGAAAACGGAAGCUAGACGGUGGACAAGAGGGUGUUUCUGAGCCUGUGUUUAAAUGGAGGCAAGAGAGGAAGAAGUGAUCUUCAGGGUUAACAAAUUUUGACAGUCUUUCGUUCUGCUUACUCUCCUGGAGUGACCUGUCCAAAACGUGCACAUGGAGCACUUUGAGGAAAUCAGUACUGCGGGGACCAUUUAUUUUUAGGAUUAAGCAAGGUAGGGUAGGGUAGGGUAUGCUAGGGUAUGGUAGGAUACACUCAGCAGUAAUCAUGUUGGGAGUCAUUCAUACUUUGCAAGCGUCGCAGGAUAAAGAUCGUUGUAGGAUGUCCUAGGAAGGUGAUUUGUUUCAACUGGAUUCGCUAGUGCGGUUCUCCAGGUUUCAACCUGUUUUGAAGGAUAGAAAACCAUAGUUGUUCCAAGGAUAUCAUCAUGUAUCACAUCUGGGUUUCCUAUGUUCUGGGAGAUAAUUUGUCAAUCCGUUGCGACGAAAUUUCCCCAGAAGAUAUGUAAUUGAAGCAUCUUUGGUUACUCCAUCCAGAUUCUGUCAUUCUAGAUAGACGGCUGAGAUUUACUGUCAAACUGCCAUAUUUUUAUGACUCCCAGCACUUUU